CGCCCACCGACGGCGGCCGAAGUCCACAGUUUAAAGUACAUGGACUGCGUCAUCAAGGAGACACUCCGUUUGCUGCCGUCCUUCCCCUUCGUUGCCAGGACGGUGCGGGAGGAGACGGAGCUGGCCGGUAAGACCCUGCCCGCCGGCACGGUGCUGGUCGUCAACAUCUUCGGCCUGCACCGCGACCCUCGCCAUCACCACGAACCGCUGCAGUUCGACCCCGCCCGCUUCGCGGACGCGGACCGCGAGCGCCACCCCUACAGCUAUCUGCCCUUCAGUGGGGGGCCGCGGAGCUGCAUCGGCCAGCGGUACGGCAUGAUGGCCGUCAAGACCAUGCUGGCCGCCGUCCUGGCCGAGUACAGCAUCGAGCCCGCCGACGAGGACGACGCGAAGGCCCCUGCCGACUUUCCACUCACCUUCUACAUGUCCCUCCAUCUUGUGGGUGGCGUCAGAGUGCGCUUCGUGCCCAGAGAGAGGCACUAGCGUUCAUCGUGGUUUCUAUACACCACAAAAAAACGUGAUCUCAGUUAACAUUAUGUUGACGUAAUGAUUAAUGACAAAAUAGUUUCGUAGAAGUAAAUCUUGGAGGAAUGGCGUUGCUCGGUUACAACGCCGAAAACCACGAUGAUCAGAUACCUACUCAGACGGGCCGGACAGACACAUUCGCUUUUGUUUACAACCUUGCUCUCAUCAUGUAUCUACCCACAUCAUUGCAUUUAUUGUAUUACGUAUUCUGAAAAGCAGGUGAAGCACCUGGCGGCCGCUUGCUUCCUCUUGCGUGCGCUGCAAAAGCACAACAGGGAUGUGCGUUGGGUGGCCUACCCGGCCUUUUGCGGGCGCCUCUGCGCCCGCUUCUUAUUUGGUAUACUUAAGCAGGUUAAACAUUUUCAUAUUUCAACGUCACACAACACCUUUCUCUUACUCACAUUCCGGGGUUACUGAUUGUUUUUCAUCAGGUGCUGUGAUUUCUCGCAUUGUUUUCGAAACUAAGCCCUGUUUCCAGAUUGCGCGUGUAAUCCAAUUUCCUUGAAAUAUAAUAUCUGUGCAUCUAAA